AUGAUGAAAAUGAGGCAGCUAGCCGUCCUGCUCGCGCUGCUCGCGGCGGCGCUGGCUGUUUCGUGCAGCGACGCCGCGGGCGGGGCCAUCCGGGCGCAGCUCACCCGCGCCGACGCCGGCCGCGGCCUGACCCGGCGCCAGCUGCUGCGGCGCAUGGCGCGGCGCAGCAAGGCCCGCGCCGCGCGGCUGCUCUCCGCGUCCGGCUCGUCGCCGGCCAGCGCAACCGCGGUGCCCGGGAAGGGCCAGGCGAUCGACACGGAGUACCUGGUCAGCUUCGCCGUCGGCACGCCGCCGCAGCCCGUGCAGGCGACGCUCGACACAGGCAGCGACCUCGUCUGGACGCAGUGCCAGCCGUGCCCGUCCUGCUACGCCCAGGACCUGCCGUACUACGACCCGAACCUCUCCUCCACGUCGGCGCCGCUCCCCUGCGACGCCGCGGCGUGCCAGCAGCUGGACCUGUCGUCCUGCGGCGCGCGCAGGUGGGGCAACAGGACCUGCGUCUACACCUACUCCUACGGCGAUAGGUCGGUCACGACCGGCCGCCUCGACGCGGACACGUUCACGUUCGACGGCGACGCGGGGCACGCGGUGGUGCCCGGCCUCGCCUUCGGCUGCGGCUACUUCAACAACGGGCUCUUCAGCUCCAACGCGACCGGCAGCGGCAUCGCCGGCUUCGGCCGCGGCGCGCUAUCCCUGCCGUCGCAGCUCAGGGUUGACAACUUCUCCUACUGCUUCACCAACGUCACGGGGUCGGCGCCCAGCCCCGUCCUGCUCGGCCUGCCGGCCAACCUCUACGACAGCGCCAGCGGCGCCGUGCAGACCACCCGGCUCAUCCAGAGCCCCGCCAACCCGACUUUCUACUACCUCUCGCUGAAGAGCAUCACGGUCGGGUCGGCGAGGCUGCCGGCACCGGAGUCGGCGUUCGCGCUGAGGGGCAACGGGAGCGGCGGGACGAUCAUCGACUCCGGCACCUCCGUCACGCUGCUGCCGCCGCUUGUCUACGGGCUCCUCCACGACGCGUUCGUCUCCCAGGUGGACCUGCCCGUGACGAACGACGAGCCCCUCUGCUUCGCGGUGUCGUCGUCGUCGUCGGGGAAGAAGCAGCAGGUGCCGAAGCUGGAGCUGCAGUUUGACGGCGCGACGCUGGACCUGCCGCGGGAGAAUUACGUGUUCGAGAUGGAGGACGGUGGCCGGAGCAACAUGUGCAUCGCGAUCAUGUCGUCCGGCGGGGGCAUGACCAUCAUAGGCAACUAUCAGCAGCAGAACCUGCACGUACUCUACGACCUCGCCGGCAACAAUCUCUCUUUCGUCCCUGCUCACUGCGACAGGGUUUAGAUUCGGCAGCUCGCGCCGUGCUGUUGUUCGCGUGAUUGUUACAUUAUUUCCCUUUUUUUUCCUUCAUUUUUUACGUGAAUAGUAAUGUAAUUGGAUGUUAUACAGACACUAGCAGUCAUGUAAGAAUAAAUAAAGAGGUAUUGUAUUUGAUU